UUCAAGUUAUAAAUUUACAAUAUUACAUUAUUAAUGCAAGUAAAUUUAAUUUACUGCAACAUUACUGCAGAUUCACUUUAGGAAAGUAAAUAGCAAUUUCUCAAGUAGAAAAGUGUUAAGCUUAUCUAUGUUAAAAGCUGAAAUGGUACAAUUUUGUAUCACUAAAAUACUAGAAUAUUGAAGUGCACAGAAAAGACAAAGAGGUUGUGUAUGGCCAGAGCGACGAUGGGGCUGGAGGAGGGGGCUCCCAUUCACCCAACACACAACAGUCCCUACCACAACCAUCAACCGAACGCCAGCAAAGCUGGAAAACUGGUUAUGAUGGCGAAGUUGAAGGAGCGGGCGCAAGAAGAGGCAAACUUGUCACUUGCCAAUAUAUUGAAUGAAGAAGCAGUGAGAGACCCGGAAACCAUGCACACCUUAUCAGCAGUGGAAGCCAGAAGGGCGAUGAAGAGGGCAAGAGGAACAGCCGAGCCGGCCAUUCCCCGCACCCUGGAGGAGUUGAGGGAAGAACUUAGCCAAGUGGGUCGUGAGGGUUUACGACUCACGACUGCAAACACAGAGUUUUUCCUCAACGAGCCAAUAAGGGGUGCGGACGGGGAGACGUUGGCCGAGGGCUUCGUCAGCCAAAGAACACUACAACAUUUAAGGAGGCAUCCAGCGGAGGCGUCUCACAUCCUUAUGGACGCCACGUUUAAGACUGUCCCCAGGCGACCACAGGGGGUGCAACAAUUUUUCUCUGUACAUGUUAUGUACAUGGAUAUAGCUGUUCCUGUGGCGUUCUUCUUCAUGAAGAGGAAGACGGAGGACAGUUAUAGGAGAAUACUGACAUACACGAAGAAUCAAUUGCUGACGUGGGAGAUCCAAUCAAUCACCACCGACUUUGAGAUUGGGCUGGUGAAUUCUGUAAGGAACAUUUUCCCCGACGCACGUCACCAGGGUUGCUGGUUCCACUAUACGCAAGCAAUUUGGAGGCACGUUGUAGCCGAGGGCCUGACCAACGUUAUUCACAACAAUUUUGAUGCGAAAAGAGUUGUGAAAAUGCUUAUGGCGCUCCCGCACCUUCCGCCCCAUCAAGGACCUCCCCUUGAUGACCGGGUCCCCCCAUAUGGCAUAGUUGAUGGCUUGAAUGCCAUAAACAAUUAUGUUGAUGAGGGACUCCUCGACCAUCGAAAAUUGAGAGAAGUUGAAAGAUCAUCAUUUGAUGAUCUACAACGUUUAGACAGAGACGACCCGCAACGUGUGCGUAGGGCUCGAAGUGACAACAACGCCAACUCUGAUACAAUCAGGAUGGCGCUGCGGCGAUUAACGCGCCAGGAAAUCACACUAAUAAAUUUCCUGACGACGGUGAGCCAUUGUGCUGACAACCUGAUAGAACGGGGAUUUGUCCAACAGCACAAUGGCCUCCAGGAAGCGGUCGUCGUUGACGAGGAGAUAAUUGAGUGGAUGUUGCCAGUGGCAGGAGAGGAGGUGGUGGUGGCAGCAGAAAAUGUAAGGCCACCUGCCCGACGCCGCCGAAGAAGACAGCAGCGAGUCCUGCAGCGUCCCAUCGAGGCCCAGCAGCAGCCACAUGCAGCACCACGGUUGAGCAAUUGCGUGAUUUGUUUGAACAAUGAAUGUACGCACAUUGCUCUUCCGUGUGGGCACAUUUGCAUGUGCGAGGAAUGUGCCGAACAAAAUCUAUUGCACAUGAACGGGCAGCCCCGUUGCCCACUAUGCAACGUACAUUGUACACAUUAUCAGAGGGUGUACUUAAAUUUUCAUUAA